CAGAAAAUAGUGGAAGGAUCUGCUUCUCUCCAAUUUCUGCGUUUGAACUUGGAUUCCAGUUUCUGGAUUUCGCUUUCCCUCGGCAUCCUUUUUAUUCUUCUUCUCGCUGUUGUUCUUCUUGUUGGUUCGUACUGGGAAUCGCAUGGGUGCCGCCAACACCUGGGACGCCAUGGAUCUUGCCGCCCAAGUUCCCCAAGACCAUGGCUCUCAGAUUCUCUCCUCCUCUCUCACGAUUGAUCCGUCCCUCUCUCCUCCUGAAAUGAAUCCUCGCAUCAUUGAGCUGUGCAAGGAUAUGUUCAAGCAGUGGUCAAAUUUGGAUGAUUCUCGCUUUGAUAUUGAGACAGUUUCUGGAGGCAUCACAAAUUUGUUACUCAAGGUUACGGUGAAGGAAGAAAAUGGUCAUGAUGUCUCGAUAACCAUCAGAUUGUAUGGACCAUAUACCGAGUACAUCAUCAACCGUGAACGGGAAUUGCAGGCCACCAAAUACAUCUCAGCUGCAGGAUUUGGAGCUAAAUGGCUUGGAAUUUUCGGAAAUGGCAUGGUGCAAUCUUUUAUCAAUGCGCAUACUCUAUCUCCAUCAGAGAUGAGGGAGCCAAAGCUGGUUGCUAAAAUUGCAAAACAAGUGAAAAGAUUUCAUCAGUUGGAAGUUCCAGGUUCUAAGGAACCUCAGUUAUGGAAUGAUAUAUUCAAGUUCUUUAAUCAAGCAUCUGCCCUUGAAUUUGAUGAUGCUGAGAAGCACAGGACUUAUAAGACAAUUUCAUUUCAGGAACUCCACAGUGCAAUUUUGGAGCUCAAGGGGUUGACAGAUCGGCUGACUUCUCCUGUGGUUUUUGCUCACAAUGAUUUGCUCUCUGGAAAUAUAAUGAUAAAUGAAGAGGAAGAUAAACUUUACAUCAUUGAUUAUGAGUAUGCAUCAUACAACUUUAGAGGCUUUGACAUUGGAAACCAUUUUGCCGAGUAUGCGGGCUAUGAUUGUGACUACAACUUAUACCCAGAUAAAGAUGAACAAUAUCAUUUUUUCAGGCAUUACUUGCAACCUGACAGACCACACGAGGUGACUGAGGAAGAUCUCUAUAGUCUCUAUGUUGAAGCAAACACAUAUUCAUUGGUUUCUCACGUUUUCUGGGCUUUGUGGGGAUUGAUUCAGGCGAGGAUGUCUCCAAUUGAUUUCGAUUAUCUUGGUUAUUUUUUCCUGCGCUACAAUGAGUAUAAGAGACAGAAGGACAAGAAUUUCUCCCUGGCUGAAUCCUACCUCUCAAGAAGCAUGGGUACGUAGAUUUUUGUAUUGCAAUCACAUGUAGGGUUUUCUUUGUAUUGCUUGUACCAUGGGGUCUCUGAUUCAUGUAGUUAGAUAUUUAUGUAAAAUAUCUUUUGUAGCUGCUUAUGGAAAUAAAAACAAAUUUUAGACAAAUAUAGACCUUUAGGGCCCUUUGCGCU